CAGGACCUGGGUCCCUGUCGCGGGUGGCCCGUUCCCCACCCCAGGGGCGGGUGGCAGGCCAACAUGGAGAAUGGGAAAGGUAGUGAGCAGGUGGUGCCUGAGGCAUCUCCCUCUGCCCAGGCAGGAGCUGAGAGCGUGACACGGCAGCUUCCGCAGGAGGAGGAGGAGGGCCAGCUUUUAUAUCGAGAAGAAACCAUUGAUCUUGGUGGAGAUGAGUUUGGGUCUGAAGAGAAUGAGACCAUCUCAGAAGAUUCCAACAACUUUGUGGAUAAGCUUAAUGAGCACAUGAUGGAGAGUGUGCUUAUAUCAGACUCUCCCAAUAACAGUGAAGACGACGGGGGUGAGCUUGGCUGCUUGCAGGAUGUCGUGGAACCCCUAGGAGGCACCCCUGAUCACAGCCUGGACCAUGUCACAGGUAAGGACACAAUGGACCUUUUGAGUCGUGACAGUGAAACUGAUGGAGACGACACUCCCCAGGACGUGUCCGACAUGACACCUGACAGCCGAGCAUCUUUGAAAGAAGACUCCACCCAGGAAGAAGCAAAGGGUGUGCCUGCCUUUGACAAUGCUGGUGCAGGGGACUUGGUGCCCAUGGAUGAGAAAACCCACCCGGAAGAGCAUGUGUCUGAUGUGUCUUCCGGACAGUCCUCCUCCAAAGAUGAGCCCGUGCCCGUGUGCACCAUCUUCAGCCAGGCAAAUCCAGCUCCCUCCCAGCCGCACUUGUUCUUGCAGGAUGGCUUUGAGUCUCAGAUGGUGAAGUCACCAAGUUUCAGUAGCGCAAGUGAGACAUCCGCGAAGACCCCUCCUCAGGUGGUCCAGCCCAGCCCCAGCCUGAGUAAAUUUUUUGGAGAUACAAUCAGCACUAAUUCACUGGCCUCUGACUUCUUUGAUUCCUUCACCACUUCUACUUUCAUUUCCGUCAGUAAUCCCAACGCAGGCACCCCUGCUCCAGGAGAGUUGUCCUCUCACCCUACGCCAGUGGGAGAAAUGCCAUCUGAUUCUGCCAACCCGACUUACUCUGCAGGAACAGAAAGAUCAGAAUUGGGGAUUUCUACAGCAUCCGUGGAAAUCCCGGAGUCUCCAAAGCCAUUUUCACAGAUCCAGGCAGUGUUUGCAGGAAGCGAUGACCCUUUUGCCACAGCCUUGAGCAUGAGCGAAAUGGACCGGAGGAACGACGCCUGGCUUCCCAGCCAGAGCACCCGAGAGGUCCUGAUCUCAGUGGCGACCCAGCAGUACAGCACUGUGUUCAUAGACAAGGACAACCUCACCAUGCCAGGCCUCAAGUUCGACAACAUACAGGGAGAUGCCGUGAAAGACCUGAUGCUUCGCUUCCUGGGCGAGAAGGCCGCGGCCAAGAGGCAGGUCCUGACCGCCAGCUCUGUGGAGCAGUCCUUCGUGGGGCUGAGGCAGCUGAUCAACUGCAGGAACUGGAGAGCUGCAGUCGACCUGUGCGGACGCCUCCUCACGGCCCACGGCCAGGGCUACGGCAAGAGCGGGCUGCCCACCAGCCACACGACGGACUCACUGCAGCUUUGGUUUGUAAGACUGGCGCUGCUUGUGAAACUGGGUCUCUUCCAGAAUGCCGAGAUGGAAUUCGAGCCCUUCGGGAAUCUGGACCAGCCAGACCUGUACUAUGAGUACUACCCGCACGUGUACCCGGGGCGCAGGGGCUCCAUGGUGCCCUUCUCCAUGCGCAUCCUGCAUGCAGAGCUGCAGCAGUACCUGGGCAACCCUCAGGAGUCACUGGACAGACUGCACGGAGUGAAGACAGUCUGUAGCCAGAUCCUGGCGAACCUGGAACAGGGCCUAGCCGAAGACGGGGGCCUGAGCAGCAUCACCCUGGAGAGCAGGCAAGCCUCGGUGCAGCUGUGGCGGACGCGCCUGGGCCGCGUGCUGUACUCCACGGCCAACUGCUUGCUCCUCAUGAAGGAAUAUGUGUUGGCUGUGGACGCCUACCGUGCUGUUAUCCAGUACUAUCCCGAGCAGGAGCCUCAGCUGCUGAGUGGCAUUGGCCGCAUCCUCCUCCAGAUCGGAGACAUAAAAACAGCUGAGAAGUAUUUCCAUGAGGUUGAGAAAGUCACACAGAAACUGGAUGGGCUGCAGGGUAAAAUCAUGGUUCUGAUGAACAGGGCCUUCCUGCACCUUGGCCAGAACAACUUUGCAGAAGCCCAUCGGUUCUUCACAGAGAUCCUGAGGUUGGACCCCACCAAUGCAGUGGCCAACAACAACGCUGCCGUGUGCCUGCUAUACCUGGGCAAACUCAAGGACUCGCUGCGGCAGCUGGAGGCCAUGGUGCGGCAGGACCCGAAGCGCUGCCUGCACGAGAGCGCACUCUUCAACCUCACUACCAUGUACGAGCUGGAGUCCUCGCGAAGCAUGCAGAAGAAACAGAGCCUGCUUGAGGCUGUGGCCAGCAAGGAGGGUGACAGCUUCAACACGCAAUGCCUCAAGCUGGCCUAGCUGCCCGCCAGGACCACACCCUUGCAGGACCAAUAAAGCCCAUUCUCUUGGUGUCUAGGA